AUUUGGAGCAGCACCCUUACUCAGCUUAUCUUAUUUUCAAGCGUUGUUCAUAUCCCGACGAUUCCAUCACUUGAUGCAAUGUGCAUUUUGGUAUUUGGCCUGCCUUCUCUUCACAAGCUAGCUGUUCCAGACGAUAUGUUAGCCACGGCGAAAAAUUCACUUUCUGAACACACGAUUUCUCGAACAUGUAGGGAAUGCGUGUUUCAGGUUGUUGGGUAUCUUCCAACAAGAGUAAGGCUUUAUCUUCAAAAUGGCAUUCCUUAAACCGAUACUCAAGGCAACCGAAUCUUAUAAUACAUCUAGGUGAAGUAGCUGUGCCAAUAAAUGCUACAUUGUUUAAACAUAAUUCUAUGCUUGUUGUUAUGUACAUGUUCGAUUAAGAACCAAGAUGAUGAAAUACUGGCCA